UAUAAAAUUAGCGAGAUGUCCCAUUCACCCAGUUACGGAUAAUAAUUUAAAUUUUUCAAAGGGUUACAAAUUAAAUGCAUGUAAAUAUCAUCAAUAGAUCAUUAUUGAAAAUGGAUAAAAUAUCACAUUAAGACAUUUAAGAAUGUAUAAUAAAGUUGUCUAAAAUUUGUAUCUAAGCAAGCUAAAAUUAUUUAAAAGAUGCAAAUUGAUGGUGAAAGCAAUUAUCUAACUACAUUUUAUCUUUGCGAUUAGCUCAUUUGUUUGAAGCACAAUCCUCAAUUCAUCAACAAUCACAACAAUUAAUCCUAUCUUAAACUUUCCUAAAUUACUUUUAACUCUUUGCUAGGAAGUAAAAGGAUGUAGACUCAAAAUCUUUUCCCAAGAAUAUAUGUAAGUAAGUUGGUAUAAGAAAAUCUGUAGUCAGGUUCAAAGGAUCAAUCUAAUAGUAAUAGUUAGUAUUAUAAGGAGAAAUAGAGUUAUCAAAUGAAAGAAUAAGUAGAAUAAAUUAAUAAACUAAUUUAGAAUCAAAGUAUUCUUUGAAAAUAAAUUAAAAUAAAAGAAGAAUAGAACAAAUACUUUAAGGAAUAAAUUAAAAAAGAAAAUCUAAAUUAAGAAUAGAAUUUAAAUAAUUUUGCUCAUGCUUUAAAAACAUUAUUUAAAAUAGCUGUAUUUCAUUAAUGUUGCUGGUGUAGUCAUCUUAAUAUUAGAGGUAAUUACUUUUUCAUAAACACAUCAAAUAUCCAAGUUGCGAAGUAACAUAAGAUGGAAAGAUGGUUUAAAAUGGCUAUUAUUGUCUAUUUGAUUAAGUCAUUCCUAAAAAUGGAGUGACAUCAUUUGCAUUCAAAAUAAUUUAAUUAAAUUAAAGUUGUUUAAUAAGGGUUGGGAUGAGAGAAAUAAUAUAUAAAAUAAUUAUUAUGGAAGUGUGUUGGUAUUCGGUUUGGGUAGUAAUUUAUCAUAUCUUAUUAGAUAAUAUACAAUAAAAUAAGAUAAAACUGUUAUUCACAUCAUAGAUAAGAUAAAAAUGGUAAAAACUAUCAUUUUAUUUUGAGAAUAAAUCAUAUAAUAAUAGAAGAAGUUGGCAUUUAAAAUAGAAACAUCAAAUGUGCCAAAGUAAAUAGAAAUCAAUCAUAAUGUAAUUAUCCUAACACUAUUAUAUAAUAGAAUCUUUCAAUAGAAACAGCUUAUGA